AUGGCUGAAUUUCAGUCUUUACAGACCCUUAUCAAACGCCUUGAAACUGCUACUACUCGUCUUGAAGAACUAGCUACCUCUGGUACUUCGGCUGUUGCCGUUGCGAGCAGCCUUGGACGUGACUCAAGCGGGAAUCAGCCCACCGAACCCUCUAAUAUACUUUCCGGUAAUGGCACAGCUACCGAGACAAAAUCCGUCUCUCUUGACGCUUAUGACGAACUUAUUGAAGGACCUUUAAAUAAUUUUAUUGAACUCUCUAAAAGCAUUGGUAGCAGUCAUUCAGUUGAAGGCAUUUUUAAAGCCCAACGCGAUUUCAUAUGCAUUUCUACGCAGAGCACGAAACCAAAAACACCUGAAACAUUAGUUGAGUUAUUUAGACCAACUCAACAAGCCCUUGAAAAAGUUUGCGCAUAUACAGAAAAUAAUCGUAUUUCACCUUUCUAUAAUCACUUAAUAACUGUGAGUGAGGGUAUUGGCGUGCUUAGAUGGGUCACAUUUGAAGAAACAGCUGAAAUGGAAGAAAAACUGUUGUCUCAAGUUAAAGGAUUAAUAGAAAGUUCUCAAUACUAUGCUCAUCGUGUAAUAAAGGAGUUCAAAGACAAGGAUCGUUCUCAUUCUGACUGGGCCAAUAGUUAUAUUCACCUUCUGACAGGACUUCUUCAAUAUAUUACCAAAUUUCAUGCCCAUGGCCUCAUCUGGAAUUCAAAGGCAGAAAGCCAGAUGGGUCUAAGUCAACAUCAUCAAGUGUUUCCGGGUUCAACUGAUAUGAGUGCAGUAUUUAAAGAAAUUAAUCGCGGAGAAGAUAUUACCUCCAGCUUGAGGAAAGUUGAUAAAAGUCAAAUGACUCAUAAAAAUCCUAGCUUACGAGCUGGUAGUACCGUUUCUUUUACUGGAGAAACUCAAAAAAAAGGGCCCGCUGCUCCUCCUAAACCUGCAUCAUUAUCUCUUAAAAAGCCGCCUAAAAAGGAAUUCGAUAAUAAUAAAUGGCUUAUCGAAAACUAUGAAAAUGACAAUAACAUCGUGAUUGAGGAAACUGCAAUAAAUCACACCGUUUACAUAUUUGGAUGCAAGAACUCGACAAUAAGUGUCAAAGGCAAAAUCAAGGCUGUCAUUCUUGGCAAGUUCAUACAUUCAUGCCAAAGAACUGGCCUACUUGUAGAUACUGCUGUAGCAACAGUUGAUAUAGUGAACUGUAAAUCUUUUCAACUUCAGAUUCAGGGCAAAGUUCCAGUAAUUGCUGUAGACAAGACUGAUAGUGGUCAAAUAUAUUUAUCUGAAGAAUGUCUUGGUGUUGAAGUUUUUACCUCAAAAAGCUCUUCUAUUAAUAUUCAAAUGCCGACCUCCGAUGGAGAUUUCGAAGAAAAACCAAUUCCAGAGCAGUUGAAGUGUACUAUAAUUGAUAGAAAACUUGUUUUCGCUCCUGUUGAACAUGCAGGAUAA